UAAUAACUAGCUUAUCGAUCACAAUUGAGGCUGUUAUGUUACACUUCCACACACACUUCACUUUCCAUUAUUUGACUAAUAAAUAUUUAUGCUUUUGCUCACUUUAUUGUUGCAGUUUACUUUGUUGAGAAUUCUUCUUCACCUUCUUCCUCAUCAUCCUUUCCUUUUUCUUCUUUCGAUACCUCUUUGUUUCUCUUCAAAAGCCACGACAAUGGCAGACAUUACCCAUCUCCCUAUGGAACAGCUUCAGGACCUUGAAUGCUGCUUAGACUCUAAUCCUCCUUGGGCUGAAGCUAUCCUACUAGCAUUUCAAAAUUAUAUAUUGAUGCUGGGAACAAGUGUGAUGAUUCCAUCAUGGAUUGUUCAUGCCAUGGGAGGAAGUGACGGUGACAAGGCACGGGUAAUACAGACUCUGCUUUUUGUAGCUGGCAUUAACACACUUCUCCAAACGCUUUUUGGAACCAGAUUGCCUACAGUCGUUGGAGGAGGUUCAUCUGCGUAUAUAUAUCCAAUUGCUUAUAUCAUCACUGACUCAUCGUUGCAACAAAUUAGUGACUCUCAUGAAAGAUUUAUACAAACAAUGCGAGCAAUACAAGGAGCUUUGAUUGUAGCAUCAAGUAUUCAGAUAAUCUUGGGUUACAGCCAAGUCUGGGGACUCUUUUCGAGAUUUUUCAGUCCCCUUGGCAUGGCACCUGUAGUUGGAUUGGUUGGAUUAGGAUUAUUUCAACGUGGAUUCCCUGUGUUGGGGGACUGUGUAGAAAUUGGUAUACCAAUGCUGUUGUUAGUAAUUGGUUUGUCACAAUAUCUAAAGCACGUGAGACCAUUUAGAGAUAUCCCUAUCUUUGAACGUUUUCCAGUGUUGAUUUGUGUCCCAUUUGUUUGGAUCUAUGCUGUUAUCUUGACCGCCAGUGGAGCUUACCGACACAAGCCAGACAUAACACAACAUAGCUGUCGAACAGACAGAGCAAAUCUGAUAUCAACUGCCCCAUGGUACCUGAAAAAACCUGUACUAAUUUCUUCUGAUAGGUUCAAAGGUUUUGCUGCUUCUGAGGUUUUUUCUUGUUGUUCUAGGUUCAUGUUCCCAUAUCCUUUCCAAUGGGGUCCACCUACAUUUUCUGUUGGCCAUUCAUUUGCCAUGAUGUCAGCAGUUAUUGUCUCAAUGGUGGAGUCAACUGGUGCAUACAUGGCGGCCUCUCGGCUAGCAAUUGCUACUCCACCUCCUGCAUAUGUAUUAAGUCGAGGCAUUGGUUGGCAGGGGAUUGGCGUCUUACUUGAUGGUCUUUAUGGAACAGCGAUUGGUUCCACUAUUUCUGUGGAAAAUGUGGGACUCCUUGGACUAACCCGAGUUGGAAGUCGCAGAGUUGUUCAGAUUUCUGCUGGCUUUAUGAUAUUCUUCUCUAUUUUAGGAAAAUUUGGAGCCGUGUUUGCUUCUAUACCCUUCCCAAUAUUUGCUGCACUGUACUGUAUUCUCUUUGGCCUUGUGGCUUCAAUUGGAAUAUCAUUUCUUCAGUUCACAAACAUGAACUCCAUAAGAAAUCUUAUUAUCAUUGGACUCACACUUUUCCUUGGAAUAUCUGUUCCUCAAUUUUUCAAUCAAUACUGGACUCCCUCGCGACGUGGCCUUGUUCAUACUAAUGCUGGAUGGUUCAAUGCAUUCUUAAAUACCUUAUUCUCAUCACCUCCAACAGUGGGUUUGAUAGUGGCAGUGUUUCUUGACAACACUCUCGAGGUAGAAAGGUCAAAGAAAGAUCGAGGGAUGCCAUGGUGGGUGAAGUUUAGAACAUUCAAAGGAGAUAAUAGAAAUGAAGAAUUCUAUACUUUGCCAUUCAAUCUCAAUAGAUUCUUCCCACCUACUUGAUCUUAAUGAAGAUGAUCAGGCUAGGUAAGAUUUUGUUGGAGUUGCACAUUCCAGCAUUCAUGAGUUAGGACUAACAAAAGCUACCAUCCAAUUUUUUUGUGGACCGCAUGUGAAAUCUUGGUCCAACAAUGGAUUCUAAUGCAUUGGGUCCAUGCUCCCUAGAUAUAAUAAUUGCUAGUGCUAAUGAGUAAUGAGUUCUGUUCCAAGAUUUUCAUGCCUCGACAACUGAAUUUAGUGAAUUUACUGUAUAGAUUUCUAUAAUUGUCCUUCUGACUAAGCAUCUUUUGUUUACGUACGAUUCUUGAUAUUUCAUGUGCAAACAUUAAUAGAUAGCAGAGCAGGUUUUGCAUU